UCAGUGUCUGAUGAUGAAUUUCCCCACGAAUUAUUAUCACUCAAUUCUGCAAGUGGUUCUGAUUUACUAUCGCUGAUCUCUAGCUGGUCUAAAACCGAUUUUGACCUAAAGGGACACCUUUUGGACGCCAUGGACGUUUCUCAGUUUCCAGGCAAUAAGAAUAGUAAAAAUGCAGGCAGGGCACAGGACAAAGCACUAGGGACAACAUAUAUGUGAAAUGGUUUGAUACAGUAAUGUUUUACUAUGUGAUUUUAGUGAAUGUCACUUUUUGUCAUUUUCAAAUUUCCCGCCAGUUCCGUCCCCCGUACGUCCCGACGUCACAGGGACCGGAACACGGAAGCCAGAUGCCGGCAUCGGCCAGAGGAGAUGGCCGGGGACACUGCAGGGGACAC